AUGGAGUCCUACCACCACAACCGACCUCGACAUGUCGCCAUGAGAGACGACCGCAGACCAGGCGAUGAGCGCAGAGACCGAGGCCGAGCUGGUCGAGAAGUGACACGCUCCCGCAGAUCUCCUUCACCUCCAUCCCGUCGACCUCGGGAUUCCGAUAGAUUGCCAGACAGCAAACCGCGCGACCAUCCCAACGACAAGUCACAGCCUUCCUCCCGAGACCACCACAAAUCUCGCGAUCGUAGCCGAGAUCGCCCUCGCCGUGCGUCCCCAUCGCCUUCACGUCGCGACAAGUACAAGGAGGAUACCCGCGAUCGGUCUCGUGGCCGGGACGCCGUUGACUCGCGGCGCGACUCCCGUACCCGGUCACAUAGGGAUCGCAGCCGAGGACAUCCCCGAGGCGACGGCCGUUCUUUAUCCCCCUCUGUGAAGCGAACGAGAAGUCGAAGUACGGACCGAGCUACUGCAGACAAGAAGAAAUCAAGACGAGACCACAGCCCUCGUCGUGACCGCAAAGACUCGGCACCCCUUGCGGAGUCACGGCGUUCCCGCAGCUCUCCUCGGCCUUCCAGACGAUCACCUAGCCCCGACCGCCGGGAUUACAGGCCAAAGAACAAGGAACGGAGCCACCGCAACCGCCGGAGCAGGUCACGCUCGCCGGGUCGAGACCGACGCGGCCGAGACUAUUCCCCUCCGCGUCGUCGCGAGCCAUCAUCAACCCGGAGAAGGGACCGAUCUCCGCUAUCAAACCACCGACAUAGAUCCCCUGCACGGGAGUCUUCGACAUCUGUCAGGGGUGAGCGACGUCCGGCAUCGCCCCUUCGUAGUUCCAGAGACCGUCAGCAUCGCAAGGAAUCUAAAUCUCGUGCAUCCUCUCGGUCCGCUAGUAGGGGAUCGAGUCGACGAGUACCGCAAAACGAAGGUUCACGCCAGCCUACAAAGUCUCAGCCAUCCUCCGGCGCGAACAGCGUGGAGGUCAACAUGGGCGGCAGAGGCAAUCACAGGGGAGGCUUUGCGUCUCACCCUGGUUCAUUCAACCAACAGUUCAGCGACCCGCGCCAAUUCUCCCAGUCCCCGCAGCCGACUCCAAAUUCUUACAACGCUUCCCCAAACCACUCACCCUACGGUGCUGGUAGAGGGAACUGGGGCUCUCAGCAAUUCUCCCCGACACAUCAAUACCCUCCUCAGUACCCUCAAUCCAACUUCGGCCCCCCAUCUGGACCACAAGGCUCGUACACACCAAACCAAUCAUUCUCACCGCCCCCAAGUGCUCCAACCGGACCUAUGCAGCCAUAUUCCCAGGGCAACUUCCGCGGUGGCUUCCGCGGCGGCGGCGCUGCAUUCCGAGGCAACCAAUUUGGAUCCGGUCGGGGUAACUACAGAGGUAAUGGUUUCAAGAGUGCGCAGUGGACUUCCAACAACCAUGCCUCUGCUUCACGUGGCCAAUUCGGACAAGCAGAUGAAGCGAACUCUCAGCAGUCCACGACUCCCGCACAAAGCAACAAGUCAGACGUCGGCGACAAUGCUGCAGAGGGCGAAAACCCUUUCCGGCCAUCAAAAGACAUGCAAGUGGAGGACACGACUCCGUCCGAAAAGACCGGUGAGAGCGAUACCCAACGAACUAGCAGAGCGCCGCCCGUCGGGCCGGCUGCUCAGUCGUCGUCGAAGUUCAGCUUUGCGUUUAAGGCGUCUGCAAAGCCCACUCCGACGGCGCCUAAGCCGGAGAUCUCUCAGAAGUUCAAUGCCGUUCCUCAACGACGUGAAUCCAUUCAGCAAAAUGAUUCGAGAGACCACGACCGUGAUCGCGACCAUGAUCGGGAUCGUGACCACCGGGACAGAGAUCGAGACCGUGACCGUGACAGGGACCGUGACAGGGACCGUAACCGAGAACAUGAUCGCGACCGGGACCGGGAACGGGACUACCGCGACAGAGACCGGGAUAGAGAUCGGGGGCGGGAGAAGGAGAAGGACAAAGCCGCCGACAGAGACGUCCCUCGCGGGGCUCCGACCGAACCUGCGUCGGCCAGAGCUCGCCAGGAUUCAAGGCACCAACCACCUCCUGGGCCCCGUCAGCCCCCUGCACCAAGGACUCGCAAGAUCAAGAAGACUAUGCGGCGGCUCAAGUCUGGGCCGGUAUUGCCUGAAGACCUGAAGACUUCAGAUUCAGUUUACUUCCGCAAGCCUGGCAACGAGUCUGUCGUCGGUUCGGGCACCUAUGGCAAGGUCUUCAAAGCUUUGCACGUCUACACCAAAGGCUUGGUCGCUCUCAAGCGCAUUCGGAUGGAAGGCGAGAGAGACGGGUUCCCGGUCACAGCCAUCCGAGAGAUCAAGCUUCUCCAGUCACUACGCCAUACCAACAUUGUCCAAUUACAAGAGGUCAUGGUGGAGAAGAACGACUGUUUCAUGGUUUUUGAAUAUCUGUCCCACGAUCUGACAGGUAUUCUGAACCAUCCUACCUUCAAGCUGGAUGCGGCCCAGAAGAAGCACAUGGCCAAACAGCUUUUCGAUGGCUUGGACUACCUACACAAACGUGGAGUCCUCCAUCGCGACAUCAAAGCCGCCAAUAUCUUGGUCAGCAGCGACGGAAUCCUCAAGCUCGCAGACUUUGGUCUCGCACGAUUCUACGCGAAGAGACACCAGCUGGAUUAUACCAAUCGUGUUAUUACCAUAUGGUAUCGCUCGCCUGAAUUACUUCUCGGCGAGACGCAGUAUGGUCCAGCCUGCGAUGUCUGGAGUGCUGCCUGUGUCAUGGUGGAGAUCUUCACCCGCCAUGCCAUAUUCCCCGGGGAUGGAAGCGAGAUCAACCAAUUGGACAAGAUCUAUGCCGUCAUGGGAACACCGAACAAGGCAGAAUGGCCUGGGCUGGUGGACAUGGCUUGGUUCGAGUUGCUAAGACCAGGUUACCGGCGGGCGAACUCUUUCGCCGACAAGUACCAAGACAGAUUGCCUCCUGCCGCCUAUCGCCUGCUGGCCGCCAUGUUCCGUUACGACCCUGCGAAGAGGCCGACAGCUGCAGAGGUCCUCGCGGAUGAAUACUUUACCACCGAGGAGCCUCCUCCAAGGCAGGCUGUUGAGCUCGCUACUCUGGACGGUGACUGGCACGAAUUCGAAUCCAAGGCACUCCGACGCGAGAACGAACGCAAAGAAAAGGAAGCUCGGCGCGCCGCAGCAGCGUCCGCCAAAGACAACAAGUCUAGAGAGAGAAAGAGGGAGAACGACGCUCACGAUGAGCGUGGGGAAGCUAAGAGAGUCCAGCUCGAAGGCAAGGCAGCCGUGCCUGCCGAACGCUCGAAGGCCUAG